AUGCGCGAGCUCGUUCACGUCCAAGCAGGACAAUGCGGCAACCAGAUCGGUGCCAAGUUCUGGGAAGUCAUCGCCGAUGAGCAUGGCAUUGACCCAACAGGUACCUAUCAUGGCGACUCAGACCUCCAGCUGGAAAGGAUUAACGUCUACUUCAACGAGGCCACCGGAGGUCGCUACGUGCCCCGUGCAGUCUUGAUGGACCUUGAGCCAGGCACGAUGGACAGCGUCCGUGCCGGACCUUUUGGCCAGUUGUUCCGUCCGGACAACUUCGUGUUCGGUCAGACCGGCGCAGGGAAUAACUGGGCUAAAGGACACUACACCGAAGGUGCCGAGUUGAUCGACAGCGUGUUGGAUGUGGUAAGGAAAGAAGCAGAAGGCCACGAUCUUAGUCGUCUGCGAGUGCAUGCAUAG